GAAUACAUGAUGAAGGGAUAUCAAAUAUUUCUUGUCAAGCAUUAGGCUACUUAGCAAAUAAUGAUUCACUACAUUCUUUCUCAAAUACAAAGGACAACAGUAGAGACUUUGAUAAAUGGGCUAGAAGUAAAGAGUAUAGGGGAUAUAUCCAUAUUCCAAGUUUUAGAGUUAGCUAUGAUGCUAAAAGUUAUAUCAGUUCUGACUCUAAGGAUCCUGAUUAUAGUGAUCAACAUAACCCAACACAAAAUCCUGAGAAAGUUGUAAAUACUGAACGUAAUCCCUAUGGAUAUAUGAAAGAAUAUACAUCCAAAGAGGUUAGUAAACAAGUACAGACUGAACUUGGCAAGUUUAUUCUUUCUGGAGGUAAACUGGCUAAAGACUUCAAAAUUAUUAAAGAUAGAAAUUGGAUAAUUAAGAAUAUAAAAAUAUUACUUAAAAAUUUUCAAAAAGAUUUGGGUUUAUUGUUAUCAGCAGAUGGAUAUAGUAACUUAGAUCCUUAUGAACAGGACUUAACCUAG